GACAAAACUUGUAAACAAGCCUAAAAAUAUUGUGGCGACGUUCAUUUCUAAAGCAAAACGCGAUGAAAUGUUGUCAGCAGUUAAAGUAAAGCGCAAUCAAUUGGAAAGAAAAGAUGGUUUCAGAUUGGAUGGACUAUCGAAUAAGUUUUAUGUUAAUGAACACCUCACUAUCAGGAGCAAAAUUGUUUUCAGGGCAGCUCGGGUAAUGGCUAGAGAGAAAGGAUUCAAAUUCGUUUGGACUCAGAACGGUAAUGUUUUAUUGAGGAAGAAUGAUACAUCUAGAAUCCUACAUAUUCAGAGCGAGGCUGAUUUGGCAAAAUUGUCCUAGUCACCGUAUCCCUUUAUCACAACAUAAUGAGCAUAAAUGGUUUAUAUCUCAAAAAUGGCUUUACACGUUCUAUAUCAGAAUGUGCGUGGACUGCGCACCAAACUGUCAAAUUUUAAAAUCAAUUUUUUAUGUGGUGCUUUUGAUUUGAUUAUGGUAACAGAAUCGUGGCUGAACAAGGAUAUAUGUGAUCGUGAAUUGGUGGACAAUAAUUACAACGUUUUUAGGAGAGAUAGAGAUCUGACUAAUUCUUCAAAAAAAGACGGUGGUGGAGUGCUUGUGAUUGUGCGCAAUGAACUAAAUGCAAGUAUAGUUCCGGAUUUCAAUAGUGAGGCAGAGGAUAUUUGGAUAGUGAUUAAAGUUAACAAACGUAGAAUAUAUAUUUGUUGUGUAUAUAUUGCACCUGGUAACGAUAUGGCUUAUUUAUCGUUUGCGAGGAAACUGGAAUCAAAUAGGAACAAAAUGGGAGUACAGGAUUUAAUUCUGAUCUGUGGUGAUUUCAACUGCCCAUCUGUAAAAUGGGUAAAUCAAUCAUUUUCAAUCGUGCUUAAUCCUACUGAAGUGGAAAAUAAAUUUGCAAGUAUUGUCGAUACCUUCAAUUUUCUAGAGUUUAAGCAGUUUAAUAAUAUUUUGAAUAAAAACAACAGAAUAUUGGACUUAAUUUUAUGUAGUAAAAAUAGAGUGAAUAACAUAAGUCGUUGUGAUACUCCACUAGUGAAUGAGGAUGACCACCAUCCAGCUGUUGAGUUUUUAUUUGAUGUUAAUAAUUAUGAGUAUUUAAAGGAUCAUCCAAGGUAUCAUUUUAAUUUUAGAAUGGGCAAUUAUGAUGCCAUAAACUUAGAGCUGUCAAGAAUAAAUUGGGAAGUGGUUUUGGGGGGUUCUGAUGUUGAUACCAGUGUACAUGUUCUUUACGAUAUCCUGGAUAGAUUAAUUGUUGAGUAUGUACCCAAAACAAAAAUAAAUAAAAAAUUUCCUUCAUUUUAUUCGAAAGAGACAAUAAAAGUUAUUAAUCGAAAAAAUAAAGUUCAUAAAAAAUACAAAAUUUAUAAUGAUAAAUAUGAUUACGACCGUUUCAAGCAUUUUAGAACUCUUUCAAAAAAACUUAUUUCAAGGGAUUUUUAUCGGUAUUUAGACACUGUUGAACAAGAACUUUCAAAUAACUCAAAAGAAUUUUUCAAAUUUAUUUCGCAUAAAAAACGUCAUAGUAAUCUUCCCUCAGUUAUGAAAAAUGGUGACGUUGAAGCCUCAUCAUCACAGGAUAUUUCAGAUCUAUUUGCGGAUUUUUUUAGUUCCGUUUUUGAACCAUUUUCAGACAGUGAUGGAAACCUGGAUGUUGAGGGGGGCGUCUGCACUAAUAAUUAUUUGUCGAGUGUUUCACUCUCUAAAGCGAAUAUAGAAGAAGCCCUGAAGUCUUUAAAUUGUAGUAAAGGUCCGGGCCCUGAUGGUAUUCCGCCUGUGUUUCUGAAUCGGUGCCGUUUUAAUCUUCCUAGGAAAUUUGGUGUACUUGAAAUAGACUUAGGACUGGUCAUAGUCGUUGCAAAAGAAUGCUCUUCAACUGACAUUCUAAUGAAAGCCCAAAAAAUACGAGUAUCCCGAAACGUGGAGCAGCUAGAUAUGCUAGUUGGCAAACGUGACGAGAGAGCUACAAAAGAACGUAUGCGAAGUUGUGAAUUAUUCUGA